UCUUGUCGGGUCUGGUACGGUGUAGUAGCUACAAUCAUUCCAUUCAAAAUGACUGCCGAAGCUUCGUUAAAAACUGAAGAACCGCUGGUUAACUGUUUGGCGGUUGCUUUCAAUACCAUAAAUCACGUGUUGAUAGGUUACGUUACGAUAUAUUUGUCUUAUGUUUCCUACAUGAACGGAUUUGGCAAGCUGUUCACGUGGCACAUGUUUCUGUGUACAAUUGGAUAUCAAUUCUUCAUGGCAGAAUCCUUCCUAACGCUGUACAGUGCCAAUUCUUGGACAGUUUUGUACGGCAACGAAGUGAAACGGCGCUGGCACUGGGUUCUGCAGGCCUUUGGAUUUGUGGCGAUCUUUGUGGGAGUCGGCCUGGAGAUUUACAUCAAGGAAGAUAACGGGCGGGCACACUUCAAGUCCGACCACGCGAUUACCGGAUUAGUCUCAAUGGUGUUUUUAGUGCUGUCUAUGAUGAAUGGGCUGGCGGCACUUUACGCGAUGAAAAUCAAACACCUAAUCAAGCCUAUUUAUAUCAAAUUGUCCCACUACCUGACCGGAAUUGUGGCGUUUGUUAUCGGAAUGGUUUCCCUUAUGCUGGAAUAUUCACCACGAAGAAUGCAAUCGGCAGAAAAUGUAAACAUGUUGAUCUCAUUUUCUUCCAUAACUAUCAUUCUGACGUUGAUUGGUGUUUCGAAAACCAUGUUCAACCAGUUCAAGGGAAUGAUGAGUUAGACCAUAAUUUAUUGUGUUUGAGGAGAGAACUUGAAAAGCAAUAAAGAAAACACCCAAUUUGAUCAUAUUA